AUGCGAGAUUUUGUCAUUUUUAAUAUGAUAUGACAGAUGUAUCCGCAUUCUAUGAGGUGAUUCCCGGUACACUUCUCUAUUCACUUCACUUACGAACUCGAUUUGAUCUGCAGGUUUCUGAAUGCGUUGUUAUAUUGCACGCGCAGAUCACUGUGUAAUAACACACACUAGGUCACUGUGUAAAAUGUAUAUAUAAUAAAAACAGAAAAAUGAGAAUAAAAAUUAAGUAUAACGAUUUAAUUAAAAUUUUAACAGAAAAAAUGUUGUGACAGAUUAUUCAUAAUUUUAGGAAAAAUGUCUGAACCAGCAUAUUGUUAAGCCAUUAAUAACUCGUUACUGGCCACAAGUCUCCCCUCAAUCAACCACAGGGGGUAUGAAGCAUACUCCCUCUAGUACUGCUGUUCCUCUGCGGGUCGAUGUAAGUACGUGUAUUACGACUAGUACGUGGACCGACGUCUUUAUGUGCCUUCCAAAGCACGGAACCAUCUUCGCAGAAUCACAGCAUUAUUAUAUAGCUUACAAUGUCCUUACCGAACAAAAGACAGUCUCACAAACUGUUUUCGACAAUGACUCAAGGACGCAUCUACUACGAUGUAAUUUUCAUAUAUCUCGGGCGGAUUGGCGCAAGGGAUCGACCACGGAAUAGAAGAAAUAGGUUGGAAGGGCCAAGUGAGCGCUAAACGCGCGCCAUACAAGUAUGAGCACAUAGUUCAUACUUCAAUUUUGCACUCUAUUCGUCCGCUUUACUACUUAUGAAGCUCCGCGAUAGUAUGUUAAAAAGUCAUGAUAGACAUGUAGAAGAAAAAAAAAACAAAUAUCAAACAAAUAUUAAAAAGACAUGAUAGAACAUGUACAAGAAAAAAAAAACAAUGCAAGGAGAUCCCUCCUUAUCAUCAUUAACACUAAUUUAAGAGCCACCCUCUUGUCGGUGUAGCAUUCUCCAUUCUUGUCUAUCAAAGACCACUUCCUUCACUUUCUUAUAAGACACGACGUUCGCCUUCUCUUCAGAAGGCAAUCAGUUCCGUGUAAGCUCUUCCUCUUCAUAUAUAUCAGAAAGCUAAAAACCUUAGUAUGAUCGGCUGUUUAUCAAAAUAAUUCUUUUGUAUUUAGUAUAAUGAAAAGUAAUGAUGGAAUUGUAGCCUAUCACAUAGAAUAUACAUUGCCGGUAAAGUGGCUAUGGAAUUUGAGAAGCAGUAGAACUGUCAUGUUUAUCAGUUUGCAGGAGUAGUAGUAGAAGAUAGCGGGGUUGAACCGGCGACAGCAGUUCUCAUACAAAAUACGCGUUAAUGCCUUUCCAUCAUCUUUCUUCUAUUCCGUGGGAUCGACAUUCCCCUCCUUCAGCGUUUAUAUAUAUGGGUUCGCACUCCGUCGGGAUUCGGGGUAUAAUCCGUUAUGUUGGAUGAAAAAACCUUUUUGGGGAUAAUAGCAAUUUUUUGACUUGAGUUAUUGUACAUUUUGCCUCGGAACACGAGUACUUAGUAGUACGAGUAAGUAACAUCGAACAAAUGGGAAACGCUAAAGAUUCUCACCUGUCUAUUGAUAUAAGUACUUGUGAUAACAAUAUUCUUUCCUCGUUUAUAUUUGGGUAACAAAAGCUUUGGGACCUAUUGUGUUAUUUGAUAAAGUUAAUGGUGCAUGUAGUGCAGUAACGUGUUAACAAAUCAGAUAUUUUUUUUCUGUGACAAGCUUUUGUGACUUUGCAGUACUUUUAGGCGGAUGAGUAGUCUUACAAAAAUAUAUUUACGUAUAUAAUUACUGUAGCUAUGUUAUCAAUUGCAUAAAUAUAUUUUUGAGUAUGACUAUGAAUCUUAGCUUUGAAUAAUAAUACGCGGUAGGCAGUAUUAUUAUCAACAGCUAGUUUAAAUAACAUGUCCGGUGCAUCUGCUAAAAGAUAGACUUUUUGAAUUAUUUAUUUUAUCAGUCGAGUCUACUUGAAUAUUAGCAUUUUUUUAAAUUUCAGUAAGAACAGGUUUUACUUUCCCAAUUUACCAUUUUACUUCCGUAGCGGUUGUUAUCUGGAGGCAAAGAAUAAAAAUAGGCACUUAGGGUUUUGAAUAAAAGCACUGCGUAUCCAUAAAAAGCAAUCAUAAAUCUUUUUCUCUUUGAAUCAAGAUCUUAUCAUAUUAACAAGCAUUAAAGUAUCAAGCAUCAAGCAGCAUCAAGCAUCAAGUAUUUAUUAGCAGGCAUCUAAGCCCAACGUGCAAGAAAUAUUUUUCCCAACACUCCUCAUUCGUCCGGCCAAAUAAGCCACGGUCGAGAAUUGCAUCAUCCUGAAAUAACUAACGCAUGUUCUCGUGAUUGCUCAUAAAUAAUAAGAAAGAAGUAAAGAAGUGCAAGCUGUUAUUGUUCCGCCCUUUGUUCCAUUAAUAAAGCAUUUCUUAACCAUAGUCACAAUACACACAUAUACCUAUAUUAUGAUUAUAAACAUAAUUAUUAUAUAAAUUCAGGAUCUUUUGCCAAUGUUAUAUAUUUCUAGACAAGAGCUAAUUGAAAACGGUAGUAUUAAACUAAUUAGCCAACACCUUCGUAAGAUUGAAUAUGUUAGUAAUGAUGAAUAAACUGUGCCUCCUCGCGCUCAUAGUUCAGUUCACAGCAGCAAAAGUCAACAGCCGCUACUACCCGCGCUUCCACUUAGCACCACCACAUGGAUGGAUGGACGACCCUAAUGGAUUCAGUGUGUACAAAGACGAAUACCAUCUCUUCUACCAAUACAACCCGAACUUCAGCUUCGAACCUGGAAUCCCUCACUGGGGACACGCUAAGAGCAAGGACCUCUUCCACUGGGAACAUCUUCCCAUCGCGAUGUAUCCAGAUGAGGAUUAUGAUAAGGGAGGAGUGUUUUCUGGAAGUGCUUUAGUUGAAAACGAUACUCUGUACGUGAUCUAUACUGGCAAUAUGAACUAUCCGGGUAAGAUACCGGAGUACAAACAUUACCAAGCUUUGGCGUUUAGCACUGAUGGAGUGAAUUUUACAAAACACAAAAACAAUCCAAUAAUUAAAAGUAAAAAACAUCAGCUGAACAUCAAAAAUCCUAAAGUAUGGAAACACAAUGAUACGUAUUACAUGGUGCUGGGAAAUUCCUUCCAGAAUAAUACUUUGGGUCGAGCUCUUCUUUAUACUUCACAAGAUUUGUUUUCUUGGACACGAGCGUCAGUUUUGGAUUACUCUGACGGAUCCGUUGGAAAAUUGUGGGAAUGCCCUGAUUUCUUUAGUCUACAAGGUGCUUUUGUUUUACUUUUCUCAUCGCAUGGCUUUAAACCUCAAGGUGACAAGUACAAAAACGAAUUUCAAACCGGAUAUGUCGUUGGAGAAUUCGAUUACAAAACUAACAUAUUUACUCCAGUUACUGAGUUCAGGCAAUUAGAUUAUGGCCAUGAUUUCUAUGCUGCACAAACUAUGGUUGACAAGAAUAAUCGCAGAAUAAUGAUUGCCUGGUUUGAUAUGUGGGGAGGAAAUUAUCCCGAGGGGGCUGAUGGCUUUACUGGUUUUAUGACUAUUCCACGCGUUUUGUCUCUUACAAAACAGGGACGUUUAGUACAGAAGCCUGUCAAGGAGAUCACAGGAAUGAAGGGCAAGUUGAUACGUUCAGGCAAAGCUGAUAAAGGUACGACUGCGACAUUGACUAAUAAAGCUGGUGAAAUCUAUAUAAAGGCUUCUGGUCAUAAGAGUCUGGAAGUAAUAAUUGAGUCGUCAAAUGUAACUGUGAAGUUGAUUUACAACUCUAUUCAUGGAAGGGUAUCUUUAGAUCGUGGUGGUGUUGAUGGUGUGCGUCGUACCAAGUGGCGUCCGCAUGGUAGGCUCCGUUGGUUGAUUUAUGUGGACGCUAGUUCAGUGGAAUUGUUCUGCGGUGUAGGGGAAGUAACCUUAUCUAGUAGAUUUUUCCCCGAUGGACCGAUUUCGGUGCGGCUGGGGGAUCGGAGCAAAGCAAAAGAGUUCACUGUGCAUGACAUAAAACGCACAAUGCCUAAACCUAACAUUCCCAUGGGCCACAAUCAAAUAAAUUGAUAUACCUAGUUGAUCUGUAGAUGAAUGGCAAUUCUCUAUUGCAUUAAUUAUAAUUUUUUUACUUUUUUAAACGAGUCUUUAUUGCUGUUAAUAAUAUUAUAAAUUAUUGUUCGAAAU